AUGACUUCGUCAUCAUAUAGGUUUUCAUUCAAGAUCUUUAAUGGAUUUACCCCCUACAUAUCUGAAGAUGCUGCUCAAAAACUAAAGACAUACAAAUAUGCCGGUGGUGAUAGUGGUAUAGCAUACAGAUGCUUUUACAAUCCUUUGGCACUUAAGUUAGUGGACUACCUUCCAGACACUGUUGCGCCUAAUCUGAUUACUUUAAUUGGAUUCAUGUUCAAUGUUAUCCCUUUUAUCGUUUUAUUCAGUGCCUAUGGAACUGAUUUCUCUGGAAAGAUCCCCAUCUGGUUCCAUAUAGCUAUCGCAAUUUCCUAUCUGAUCUAUAGGAUACUAGAUGAGAUGGAUGGUAAGCAAGCUAGAAAAACAGGUAAUUCUUCUCCUCUGGGUCUCCUAUUUGAUCAUGGAUGCGACUCAAUAACCGCAACUCUUUUCACUGCUACGAUCCUUAAAUGCCUUCAAAAUGGGAACAAUAUUUUGAUAUUGCUAGGAGUCGGUGCAGUAGGUCAAUCUUUUUAUUUCUGCACCCUCGAAGAGUACUACAUUGGUGGCCUUUAUCUCGGUGUAGGAAAUGGAGUAACAGACGGUUCAGUGCUGUUGAUUGCUCUCUUUCUCCUUCAAGCUUUUACAGAUAGUGCAUUUUUUGAGAAAACAGUUUCUUUCAACAUGAAUGAUCAGGAAAUCACAAUGAAAUAUAUUCAUAUCCUUGCCUGGAUGACCUUAGGUAGUCAAGUUUUGGCAUCCCUCUAUAAAAAAAAGAAGAAGCAAGAAGGUGAGGAGGAUCAUGGUGAGGAAGUGGUUUAUACAGAACUUAUAUAAUAGAUAAUUGCAUUCUAUUUACUAUGGGGGCUUGUUCUCUAUGCCUCAAUAUGCUAGGAGAAUCCAAUUAUCGAUAAUUAUCCCUUGAUACCUGUCCUAUUAUUCACAAUCGUCUACUCUCAUAAUACAAUCCACAUUCAAGUAUCCCAUGUGAGCAAGAAAAAUAUCAAUUAGUACGUCUUUUUCUUGGUAAUCUUAGGAAUCUCAUUCCUCGCUCAAUGGCAUUAUAUUAUUUGUGUCAUCGAUGAAAUGACAAGGAUUCUUGGAAUCAAAUCACUAUUGAGAGAGGAAGAGCCACUAUUAAGACAGUAAAAGGACCAAAAGGCAGAGAAAGCCGAAAAGAAAAAGAAUAAAAAGAAGAAGAGCAACAAAUCUCUCAAGAAGUCCCCAAGUGGAAAUACAAUCGACUCAAACAGCAACUCCAAAUGA